AGUCAAGUUAGAUUAAGAGACCAGCGAGCAGACCAUGUGGGCGAGGGCUCCCAUCGAGCCAGAUCAAGUCAGUACGAUUCCGUUGCCUGGCUGUGGGCGUUUUCCGCCCGUGGCCACGUGGGCCAGGGCUGGCGAGCUCAUCCAGGCCAGUACUGAUUCGCAGUCUCUCUCAGUGGCAUGGGAUGCUGUGCUAUGCGGGCUGGAGCAUGAGCUGCUUGAUUGGCCUGACCUGGUGCAUCCCCGCAAGCGGCGCAGAUAACAAGCCAGAGCAGGGCCUGCGGAGCGGGUCUGGAAACGGAUUGAAGAGUUCCCACCUCCAGAGCCCAAGCGGAUGCAGGCAUACAAGACCUUUGGCAGAUGGAUGAGACACAUGCGCUCGCGCUACACAGAGAUGCUCACCUGUGUCGAACGUGCUGGCCAGUUGGGCCCCGAUCCACCGGGAGUCUAUCCGGCUAGUCUCCUUCCUAAUCUUUUUGUUGGUCUUGGCCUUCACGACAAUUGUGAUGAGGAUCGUGCAGGGCUUCUUCGCCAGAGUUUCGAGUGCCAGGUGGGUUUACGAGCUGCUGGAUGCCGAUGAGCAGGCCUUGAUCUCUGAUGUUGCCGACAGAUUCUAUGCCACCGAUUUUCCGAUUUCCUCGACCAGGCAGACCGUGCGAUUGAGAAGGUUGAGACUGUUACGCGUGCCAUCGAGGCCUGUUGCGGCUCUAGACUGGGCCAAGUGGGCACAACAGGAUUUCUUGACAGUAGCCAAGCGAGCGCACAAGAUUCCAAGGUCCGAGCUUUGCAGGAGGCCCUGGACUACACCAAGGGCUCCCCCGAGGGCGCGAAGUUAUUCGCGCUUCGCGCUUCGCGGUCCUCGUUCCUUCUCCCCCUCCUCCUCGUCCUCCUAUUCUCCCUUUGGGAGGGCGGCGCGAGAGCGCGAAGUUAUUCGCGCUUCGCGCAGCGCGAAGCGCGAAGUUGGGAGCCCAAGUCGAUUGGCAGGACGUGGCCGGACCUCCCCAAGAUCACUGGCCAGCACGUCCGCUGCGUGCUUCGCAAGCUCAAGAUGCACACCGCCCUGGGGCAGGUCACCGUCCAGCCGCGGGCUCUGGGCGCUGCCUCGGGCCUCGCCACGUGCAGGGUGGCGGAUGUGCGGAUGAAGUGUGAGGAGCCAUGCUGCUGGCCAGGGUUGGUGAGAUUGGCCAAACCAGGUGGAGGUCAUGGGCUCCUUGCUUCGAUCAAUGCCGCAGGCAGAGUUUGGAGCAGGAUUCGCAGGCCGCUUUCCAAGCGCCGGGAGCUCGACCAUCCGUGCGACGCUUUCUGGGGCUCGAGGCCUGUUGCCACCCAUGCAGCCUUCCAGCGCAACCUUGACUCGGAACUGGCCAGGCUCCAGGGGCACUCGUCCAUAAGCGUGCUCAUAGAUCUGUACAAGUAUUUCGAGACCAUUGAGUUGGCUCGUCUUCUCGAGCAUGCGCGUGUUGAAGGGUUCCCGCUACGACUGAUAUGGCUCGUGCUGUCUUCUUAUCAGGCACCUAAGGUCAUCAAGGCCUACGGGUCGGCCAUCGAGCAGUACAGGUCCUGCCAACAUAUAUGGGUUGGCUGUUCGCAUGCGUGUGCUAUUGUGCACCUGUUGCUUUGGCGAGUUUUCCUUCGGAUGCGUACAAACUGCGAGGAGGUUAUGCUUAGGGACUUGAUGGACGAUGCGAGCUCCCAGCGGGCUGGGCCUGAUCCAGCACAGGUUUCGUAGCUGUUCAGUGCAUGCAAGUGGUUCAUCCAUGAGGCUUUUGCUUACGGAUUGGUGAUCCAGCCGGGCAAAAGCGGACGUUUUCCGAGUUCCCGUGCAGCCAAAAGGACAGUUGGCAAUCUGGUGGCGCAGUUGAAGUUGAGAUGUUAUCUUGAAAUGAGGAACCUUGGUAAUGAGAUUGCUGACGCGAAGCUCAGGAGGCCGCAGGAAGGGAAACAGCCGGCAUCUCUCCACGCGCGCAAGCACAAGCUCAUGCCCUUGAUCAGAGGCUCUAGCGGCGAGGUGCGCGUUCUCUGGAGAGCUGCGUUGUUGCUUUCCGUUGCGCAUGGUGCAGGUACGAGUUGGGGUGUGGAUUCUACGUACGUUCGCCAAGUUGAGAACCAUGGCUUGGCUCUGGCCGGAAUUCGCGCGCAUGCGGGUGUCACGGCAUGGCUAUGCAUUCGAUCUGAUGAAUAGUUAUUAGAACCCGAUUUUCGAUCGGAUUGGCUUGUCGGUGCGCUGGGAUACUCUAGAACAACAUUGGGCCCAUGGUCCUACAUAGUGGCUGGACUCAACUGCUCGAUGUCUUCUAAGACGGCCUAACUUGGGGCCAGGUGCCAUUGGCCGAUGGACGCUGUCAUCUUUCCUUGCGCCGGAUUGAAUGGAGCAUGCGUGCUGCGCGCGCGCCGAUCACGGACGUCGGCAAGAACAUCAAUGUGUUUACCACCUUGCCUGAAGAUGUCCGUGCACUGCUGCGAAACAAAAACCUGGGGCGUUAGCAGAUGCGCUGGCGUACUGCUGGCAUCCAGGGGCCGCAGGUCUCGAUGCAUUGCGGUGAUCUUGGCGGCGCAGCAUCGUGUCCAGUGGCGACCUAACUCGGAGAGGCUGCGCCUUAUGUCUCCUAGGAUGUGCGCCCUGGCCCCCCAGAGCGUAAGAAAGCGCUCGGGCAUUAUAAUUCUGAGGCCUGCGAGCCGUGCAAAUCUUGAGCGAGUGGAGAGUGCCUGUGCGGUAGGAGGCCCCAGGCAACCUUUGAGCCGAUUUAUUCGCAUGUCCCCGGGCGCAGCAUAGCCAAGGUGCCCCGCUGGUCGCUGAUGCCCAAAAUGGUCAUUUGAAGGAGAAUCAGAUGACCCGGGAUGUUAUGUCACGUGCUGUCCAGACUGUAAGUGCCUUGGCUGGUUGCAUAGACCACCCUGAACCGCCUGCUGGUGAGAAGCUUGUCGCUCCGAUGAUUGCGGUCGCCGGGCAUGUCUAGCAUUUAUCUUCCAGCCGGAAUGAACGGUGGUGCUGCCUCGGCCGUCACGGCGCCAAUGUUGGAGGGGCCUCGAAGCGGU